AUGGCGAGAACCGUGUUAACAGUGGCUGAGAUCCCCACUCUAUCAAAGCUCUACAGGAGAGGCAUCCUCUCCAAACCCACCGAUGGAUCCGCCACCAUCGCCACACCCACCCCGAGACAACCCAUACAGUCCCUGAAUGAUAUGAUAUCUUGCCUGCAGACCGACAUCACCCAGCUAAAGGUAGACGCGAUCGUCAACGCGGCAAACCGCGCAUUGGAAGGUGGAAGUGGCGUGAACGGCGUGAUCCAGCGUGUUGCCGGUCCCCGGCUGCUACAGGACUGUCAGAAACUCGGCGGUUGUGAAACAGGUGAUGCAAAAUGUACCCUUGCCUACGACUUGCCCUGUGAGCGUGUUCUGCACACGGUCGGCCCGGUUUAUGGCAUCGAGUACAGAAGGGAUCCACGUCGUCCUGAGGAGCUUCUCCGGUCUUGUUACCGUCGCUGUCUUGAGCUUGCUGUUGAUAGGGGAAUCAAGAGUAUUGCGUUCUCGUGUAUCAGCACUGGUAUUUACGGGUACCCCAAUCGAGAUGCUGCGAUCGCGGCAGCAGAUGAAGUCCGUAAAUUUCUAGAGACUUCUCAGGAUGCUCACAAAAUCGAGAGGGUGAUUUUCUGUCUUUUUCAGGAUGUGGAUGUUGGAAUUUACAAUGAGGUUCUUCCGUGA